AGUAAAUCCUAUUCAAGCAUCUACAAGAUUACAGCCAAAACCAAAGCCAAGCAAACACCCUCAAGAUGGCUGUAAACCGUCACUUCUGGAACCUCGACGAAGUUUCUUCGAAUAAGAUUGCCACUAUAUUCCAUAAGGGCGAGAACUACAACAAAGAGGGUGUCAUCUGGCAUGCCUGGGAAGAGAUUCCUCGCGUAUACCUUCCCACUCAAUCUGUCGUGCUCCUUGGCGACCGGUACUCGGUCGUACGCGAGCCGUACCGGCGCCCAGUUGGGGCGCAAGGCCAGGACGACGAUGAGCAUCUGCCCCAAGUUCGCCCUGAUGUUGUCACAGUCCGGCACCAUAACAUCCAGCCACAGCAAGGCAUAGCCCCGUUGGCCACAGAGCGAGACGUGCUCUGGAUCGAGUGCAAGGCUCCGAUUCACAAUUCCCCGUUCGAAUGGAAGAACCUGAUGUUCGAGGCAACACACCGACUAGCUAUAUCGUACUCGCCGCGCAAGGUUUAUUUCAUCCUGGCCAUCGGCCUAAAAUGGAUGCCGUUUGUGUGGGAUCCAACAAUGCCGGGACAGAACCCGAUAUAA